UUUGUUUGUUUGUUUGUUUUUUUUUUGCAGCUGGGAUGGAAAGCUAAAGAAGACAUUCUAAGGAAGAUGCCAACCACCACUGUGGCAUCUAACACCAACACCGUAACGUCAACAUCAAUCACCACCACUGUGUCGUCUUCCUCCACUACAUCUGUCACUGUAACUUCUAAAACCUCCGUCUCGAUUACACCCACUACUACUGUUACCGCCGCUUCUAAAGCCAGCAUCGUCACCACGUCUGUCUCGUCGACGCCUACUUCAGCUGUUACUGCAGCUUCCAAGACCAACACCGUCUCUACAUCUGUUUCUUUUACCACACCCACUACAGCUGUUGCUGCCGCUUCUACUGCUGCUAAAGAUGGAGACAGCACACCUGUGUCAAGCUUAACAGACUCGAGUACCAAGCCAGCCGUCAUAACUAACUUACUUGAGACGCGAUUAGCAGACUUACAAGAGAAUCAUAAAGAGAAAGAACGCUCUGAGAAAAGAGAAAUCCUUGAAGCUAAGAAAGAGAAUGAAGCAAAAGAUGAUGACUCUGAGAAAUCUAAACGUUCUGCCUCGCAUCUCAUUGCGUUCUUUAGUCAGUCAAAGUCGUCUAAGAACAAAGAAAAAGAAAAAGAAAAAGAAAACGCGAAGGAAAAAGAAAAAACGAAAACUAAGGAAAAAGACAAAGAGAAAGGACGGGCCACACCUCCCCCGGGAAAGCAAACAUCCGACGCAAAAUCUGCCCCGGGGGGUAAAUUUGAACGUAGGGGUUCCGAGGGGAAAUCGUGGCGGAAGUCUUUAGGGAUUCUAGGUGGAAGUUCCAAACAUGACAAAGAGGAGAAGCAUAAGAGGUACUCUGAUCCUCGAGCUUUCACACCUCAAGAUGUGGUCACGAAAAAUUCACAAACGACAACCACCAAGCAAGAAGACAAGGACGAGAAAUCGAAGAAGAAACAAGCCGAACAACGAUCGUCUGCGCCAACUGCGGAAUUAGCAACGACGAAUUCCAAUUCAGGACCAACAAAACAUGGUGAAAGCUCAUUAAAAACUGUGAAGGAAGAAAAAGAGAAAAAGCCGACCAAACCCACACAACCUGAGAGACGAUCCUCCAAUCCCACAGCGGAGCAAGCGCUGAAAAAUUCUCAAACCCGCGUUAAAACCAACGAGACUUCCUCAUCGACGAAAAAUGUUCCUUUGAGAGAGAAAAAAGGGCGGGUGACCAAUGAAGAGAGGCGAGAAAAAUCGAGAUCUUUAGGUGAUAUAGGUAACAGGCUUCACAAUAUUCAAGAAGUGUCUAUUCUAGAUCCUAGCGUGCCUCCAUCGAGAACAGUCGAUACCAUGGACAUUCCUGAUCAAUUAACAACUGGAGAAAAGCGGCCCAAGUCAAGCGCUGGGCUUCUGGAAACAACUCCAACAAAUAAACCAUUAGAACGAAAACCUCGCGAUGUCAAUGGCACGCUGAAGGACAAUAGUCAUCUUUCAAAUGGGACCUCGAGUGAUGUAGAUCCAUUCAAAAAUACAAGCUUGGAAGCUGCUGCUCUGAACAAUAAUGACAAUUUAACCGAACUGAAACCAACUUUGGACAAAAAGCCAGUUCCUGGCUCAGCAGGGUCUGGUAACGAGGUAAGAUCGGCCCAAGGUUCUACUCUCGAAAAGAAACCGAACACUAGGGGCCUGGGCUCCGACGUGGAGACGACCAACAAGACUACGUCACCCGUCAAAAACUCUCGGAGUGGGAGUGGGUCGAGUUUCAUGCCAGAUCUCAGUGAACUUUCAGCUGAGUUGUCAGCGGCUAUUGCGUCACCGCCACCUGAACCAAUCAGACUGAGCAUGUCUGAGGCGAACCUGUUGAGUACCAGUCCUCCUCCUUCCGGUAGCAGACGGUCACCCAUUGGUAAGGACCACGAUAGUGCUAGCGCGACAGAUAUCGAUCAAAGCACAUGCCAGGAGACUCUGGAAAACCUUGUUCAAGCUUUCCAAAAAGUCGUUGACCUCCAGUCCAGGAUUCUGAAUGACGAACCCUCGGACGAAAGCCAUGAGGUGUUGUCGUACAUUUCAAGCACAUUUUCAGCCAUAGAGGAUCAAAUACACGAGUCGCGCCUUCGACGGCGGCAGUGGGAACUUUCUUCUCUUCCCAGGGGUAAGCCCGGCUCAGGUUCCAGGCCUCUGGGCGGCGCGUUAAGUUUCUCCACUGGCAACUUGGACCAACUGUUACCUAAAGGGAAUUCUUUGAGAAGAAAUUCGGCGUUUUCUAUAUCGUCCAUACCCGAGGAUGUAGAAAUACAUGAAGUUUUACUGGAAAAAUACUCGAACAGAUUGUUAGAGAUGGUCGCGCAAAAACUUAGUAAAUGAGUAGUCUCUACAGCAGCCUGAAAUUCGUUUCUCUGUAAAAAAACAAACAAACAAACAAACAAACAGCACAACGUAACAGUUGUCGUUUUGUCCUUCAAAAUGGUUGUGAAAGUAGCUUCACUGGUUCAUUUCGAGCUUAGUGUGAAUUUGACUGUAGGUUACUUGUCUGUAAAUGUAAUAUGCAGUCUUUUUUUGCUGACCAGGAGGGGCGUGGAGUUUCAAAUCACUCGUUCUAUAAAACAAAUGUGAAAAAGUACGUCUUUCAAAGGUGGACGAGUUUUCGUGUCAAAUUGUGUUAUUUUUGAAUUGAUAUUUUCUACGUUGAUCUACGAAUGUAAGAAAUCGUUAUGAGAGUAGAUACUGAGUAACGGACUGAUUAAAUAUGAUACUUUAUAUUUAAAAGGGAAAAACUAUCAAAAGUAGUUGUAAAUAAACCCUAUGAGGUGAAGUUUGACUUUA